UGCAAAGCAAACCACUUGUUCACACACAGAUACACACUGAAAGUCUCACACACGCCCACGCUCACACUCUCGCAUCCCUCUCUCUCUCUGUGAGUCUCUCAGAUGAAGAUGGUCCCUGCUGUCAUCACAGCUCCUCCUGUCCGUGGAGCAGCACCGUCGUCACGCACCCACUCUCUGCGGGAACUUUAAAGUGUCCAUGGCGCGCUACGUCCGGUUCCUGCUGCUGCUGCUGUGUCUCAUCCUCGUCGGCGAGUGCAGGAGGCACAAAAGUCGGAAAAAGCGAUGGUCAACGCCGCCGACGGAGAUCCACAAGCUCGGCAACCCGCUGUCGAAAAAGGUUGCCGACGGAACCAAGACCCGCAAAGUGAAGACCAGCCACCUCCUGCGCAUCGACGACCACGACUUCACCCUGAGGCCCGCCUUCGCAGGUCCUGCUGUCCCUGUCGGAGUGGAUGUUCAGGUGGAGAGCUUGGACAGCAUAUCUGAGGUCGACAUGGACUUCACCAUGACGCUCUAUCUGAGGCACUACUGGAAGGAUGAGAGGCUGGCCUUCCCGAGCACCACCAACAAGAGCAUGACCUUUGACGGGCGGCUGGUGAAGAAAAUCUGGGUACCCGACGUGUUUUUCGUCCACUCCAAAAGGUCAUUCAUCCACGACACUACGACUGACAACAUCAUGCUGCGGGUCUUCCCUGAUGGCCAUGUCCUAUACAGCCUGAGGGUUACAGUUACUGCUGCAUGCAACAUGGAUUUCAGUCGUUUCCCCUUGGACUCGCAGACAUGCACCCUGGAGCUGGAGAGCUAUGCUUACACAGACGAGGACCUGAUGCUGUACUGGAAAAGUGGCGACGAGUCUCUGAGCACCGACGAUAAGAUUUCUCUGUCGCAGUUCCUCAUCCAGAAGUUUCACACUACCUCUCGACUGGCUUUCUACAGCAGCACAGGCUGGUACAACCGUCUGUACAUCAACUUCACCCUGCGGCGGCACAUCUUCUUCUUCCUGCUGCAGACCUACUUUCCCGCCACUCUCAUGGUCAUGCUGUCCUGGGUGUCCUUCUGGAUCGACCGCAGGGCCGUUCCUGCCAGAGUCUCGUUAGGUAUAACCACGGUGCUCACUAUGUCAACUAUCAUCACUGGAGUCAACGCCUCCAUGCCCAGAGUCUCCUACAUCAAAGCUGUGGACAUUUACCUCUGGGUCAGCUUUGUCUUUGUUUUCCUGUCUGUGCUUGAAUAUGCUGCUGUCAACUACCUGACCACGGUGAGGGACGGUAAAGAAAGGAAGCUCAGAGAAAAAGCAGCGGAACAGUCACAGAACCUGCCCUGCACCUGUGGCAUGUCCCAUGCCAGGACCAUGAUGCUGGACGGUACAUACAGCGAGGCGGACACCAACAGCUUAGCAGGAUACACCCGAGCCUCCAUGAUGGCAGAGGAUGCGUCGGAAAAACAGGAACGAAUGGUGGUGCACCUCUCCCUGGACAGCGAGUCCACGGCUGGGACCAAGAAAAAGGGGAUUCGCGGCUUCCGGAUAAUCCAGAACACCCACGCCAUUGACACCUACUCUCGCAUGAUUUUCCCUGGUGCCUACAUCCUGUUCAACCUGAUCUACUGGUGUGUGUACUGCUGAGUGUGUGCGAGGGGAAAACGCUGCAAAAUCAUUUAAUUGACACUGGAAAAAAGAAAGCUGUUACUGAUACUGCAUGUUCAGGUGCUGGAGCGACUUCUGCCUCAUGACUGAAAAACAUCCCAGUCUCGCGGAUGUGAAUUUCACCAACUCUGGCACGAGUCACCACUGGACUGGACCACAUAUACAGUUGCGGCUCCUGUAAAUAGUUGUAUCAUAAACUCAUCUGGAUCCCAAUGAUAUUCCGACAACCUGGUGAGACCAGUCACACCAGUUUUGCUCUUAGAGUAACUUAUAUUGUACAGAAAUAAAAAAGUUUAAUUUAAAGACUGAAAAGGUAGCCACCACAACCCAGGGCUACGGCAACAGUGCUAUCAACAGUGACUUGGAUUCAUUUGGUUUCUGGCAACAGAACGCAUGAACUCCAGACAAUGUCCAAAACUAAUUCUCUGGACAUGAUGUUCUUGUAUGAUGAGCAGCAGGAGAUUCUUUUCAAUCUCUAGUGGAUCCAGGCUAAAAUGCGGUUCCUGGCAUGUUCUACGUCAUCUGGAGUGUCUCCUUAGGUGUUCUCGUAUGAGCUCACUUAGUAAUUAUCCAGAUAUAAACUUAAGAUCUGGCAGGAGUAGCUCCACAGAAUGUCCACAGCGUUGUCUGCAUUCUAACAACCAGCCCUUUUUGGACACUGCUGAGAAUCUCCUGACUUUGGUGCAUGUUUGAAAGCAGCUUGUCUUGCAUCUGUUUGUUUUUUUCCCAUUCUCUUUUUUGGUCUCCACCAGCUGAACACAAAUUCUACAAGAGCAGAGUUUGCAGACCAGAAGCCCUAAGCUCUCAGCUGUAAGAAACUGAAGCUGUAGCCCAUUAAUCAUCUGUGGGUUUACUGCAACAAAGAUCAUUUAUAGUACUGUAUAUUACACAUAGUCAAGUCUGUGGUUGAUGAAGAAAACAGUGUUUGGAAAACGUCUUUAAGAUUUUGCACAACUGAAGAUCUUGUAAGUUAUAGCUGGCCCUUCACAGGAAUAGUCCCAAAAUAAGAGGCCCCUACGCUCCAUUUUUUGGCACCCUUGCCUUGUAGUACCAGAGUAAAAUGGUACUAUAUAGUAAGGUCAGGCUGGAGUUAGACUGGCUCCUCCCACGACAGUCAGAUCAUUGGUUGACAGACUUUGAUGUUUUUAUCGGCUGUCUUUCUCUUGGACGCCUGUCAUCUAUUCUUAUACAAAGCUUGAUGUCUUGUUGAGACAAACAGUCACAAACCGAGUAGUCUGUCUGUCUGUCUGUCUGUCUGUCUGUCUGUCUGUUAUGUUGCGUUUGAUGUCAUUGUUAACUUCUCUUCACACCGGUACAACGUGCACAGCCCACAUCCGUCGACCACUUUACCAUUCCAAACCAUACUGUACUCUACCAAACUGAACUGUACCAUCAUGGAAACACAGCAUAAGUAGCUUUGUAGGGCUCCUGAAGCCACCUCCGAGGGACCUCCAAGGCUUUGCAAGCAAAGCAGAUCAUUUCUGCCCAACUGUCCACAUUUUUAAUUGCAAGUGAUAAGUGAAUUGGAUUUGGCUUUCCAGACAUUACCAACCUAUCUGCAUAGGUGGCUUUUGUUAAUGACAUAGGCAUACCCAGGUUGUUUUUUACCAUUGCCACUGGUAUAUAUUGCAGUGUUCUGUGCUGUAAUCACAGCGAGGGGUUCAAUGUUUUGAUGAGUGAAUACCUCCAGCACUUCUGAGGGAAAUUCUGAUUCAAUGUCUCUUUUUUUGCUGUCCAGACUAAACUAACCAUGAUGAAAUAUGGAUAUGCAAAAAAAAAAAAUUUAUUCUGGCAGUCUGACGCAAGAGAACAUAACAUAUCUUCUAAUAGAAUUUUUUUUAUUAAAAUAGAUCUUAACAGAGCCCCUAAAGUCCUGGAAUGUUUUAUUAUUUAUCUUGUACGCACGAGAUAACAACUUUUGUGCACAACACAUGAUCUUGUGCGCACUAGAUCAUCAUUAUCUGAUCAUUAAACAAAUUCAACCCUUUACAGAAAAUUGUACACAAUGUUUUAGCAUCAGGGAGGGUGCAUAUUUUUCCAAGCAAGUAAAUCUCCUUUACAGCAUAAUGUAGCCUCAUACAUUCAAGCACAAAGACAUUUCAGGACACGGUGUAGUAGGAGGAUUUUCCCUAAUAACCAUCCCUAUCGAGUCCUCUAAAUUGAUACUGAUAUUAUCUCCACAAAUUACAUAAUUGCAAUAAAACAUUGCAAUUUGUAAAGCUGCAAUGUUACUAUGCAGGAUUGUUUAGCCUAAUUUAACAGCUUGUUAUAGUUAAAUGGCUGCCCCUACUGCCUGUUAGCUGGAAACCAGCAAGAUUGGGGGGCUGCCAACCCGGCGUCCUCAGAAUCAGGAGGUCUCACAAGAAACACAAAUAACUUCAUGGCUCUACACACACACACACCUCUUAGACAGGAUCAGCUACAAGAUCAAGGCAGUGACAGCUUAAUUUUAGAAUUCAUAAUGGCAGAGCUGGCGAAAAAGAAGCAGAGAAAACUGCUGUUGAUGGAAGCAAUGGGCCACACACGAGUAAAAAUUGGGAAUUAAAAAACACAGAAGCAUGCAAAACUGGCUUGUGUUCGCCAGCUCCGUUGAAAAUAAAUGCACAUGGUCAGGAGAGAAGGGAGGGAGGAGUGUCGGCAGUGAGUUUUUACAACAAUGAGGAUAAAGUGGUAGAUAUUGGAUGGAUGGGUGUUUACGGUGGUGUAGUCUUCGAAUGCACUUUGAAAACUAUAGAGUUACAGGCAAAAACCAGACUGGCUUUAAGCUCACUUCAGAGAACGGCUGUUUCGACAGACAUUAAUGUAACUUGUGCCCGUGGUCAACAAACUGCAGACAUUAAACACCUUUAUUAUGCAGACACUUUUCCGUUAAAUAUCUUCUGUUCAUAAGAUUCAUUUCUUCUGGGCACAAGACAAGAUAAAAAAAGUAAUAGAACUUUCUGGGACAAACAUACAGAGAUGCAGUGUUGUGUCAACAGCUUGAAAACAAAUGCUACUGGUUUAAUCAAGUCUUGACCGAUAUUGGAUGAUCACACACUGAAAAACAAGUCAAGUAUUGGUGGUGAAAGGAAGAUCAAAUCAAAUUCUCUUUAUGGCUUAAGGCUUGGGUCAACUUUGUUGUCUGUCCGUCUGAAGCUGGGCUCUUAGAUCUGAACCGCGGUGAAAGUCUGUCUCUCUGCAGCCAGUCCCUGCCUACUUAUCCCCAGAGACUGCACCCUGCUCUGGAGCUGUCUGUUUCCGAGAUCAGUCAAAAUAAUGAGAGCAUAUCAUUUAGCCGCUGUUGUCUCUGUAACCUUUGGAAGUGUCGGUGUCACGUCACUGAACGUCUCACGAGGCAGUAAGUGAGCUAAAUACUACACUGCAGUGACAGCCUCUCAGUUCAAGUGACACGGCAGCGCUGCUUCCCUGUAUUUACUCUGUGACUCUACAGCUGACAUUCACUAGAAUACAAGCUACUGAUGAUAAAGGCAGGACUCAAACAGGAUGCAGCUACUGUAUGGGCUUCAUCACUCUUGUCGAUUAGAGUGUCUAUUUAUUCACGCGUUUGCCGGCGUUCUUUAUUCGUCGAGUCACUUUUCUUUUAUAUUUAUUUAUUUAUUGAUUGAUUGAUUUCGAGUGCAGCAAAAGAUCCAUGUGCCAUUAUACCUUGAGUUGGCAAGGAUGCACAAAACAGAAGGACUGCUUGAUGCAUGCUGCACGAUGUACUUUGUAUAUAAAGAGAAGGAUGUUUUUGAGAUGUGGAAAGCUUUAACAGUUAUGUAAGCGACUUCAACCGCCUUAAGUCAAGAUUUUUUUUAUACACCAACAUGGUUCUGAUGGCUGUAUUUUAUUUUAUUUUUCCAUUGGUUUGUUUGAAUACCGUGCGUGACUGCAUAGUUUUGUCAGUGAGUUUUCACUUGUUUGGAAAAAUGGCUGAAAAAAGGUGUGCGUGGUGAUCAGCUUACUUAUUUAAAAAAAAAUAAAAAGAAUUAGUUCCACUUUUAAAUGAAAACUUUUACUCACUUAUUAACAUCCUACGUUGCUAAUCAUUAAGGCUCCACAAGGUGCACUGCAGGAUUCCCAUUAACCUCCUGCAUCAAUUAUAAAUCCAGCUUUAAAUGAAUUUCAUGCUGGUGCAUUUAAAGUACAGAGCUGGACUGGAGGGUGAUUAACUUAAUGGUUAUAACACAAAAACAGGGAUUCGGGGGAAAUGGCACCAACCACACCUUUAAAUUUCAGGUAACACUGGAGAUGUGUUAAAGAUAAUGAAGUUAUAAAGUUACAGCAAACCUGCACAGCACUGUUUAUUUCACACCUGGUUAUUGCUCGUUAAAGUAGUUUUGUAGAAUUCUCCAUCUUUUUUCAUGGUGAACUGAUUCUCCAGCCAUGAGCGCACACAACCUGUCUUAAAGGGACAGUUCUGGUUUUUGAAGUGCUGAAUAGGGGUGUAACGCAACACUAAAGUCACGGUUCGGUACGGUUCAUAGUUAAGGGGGACAAUGAAAAAACUGCUUUUUUGUCAAAUCGAACAUAAGUUUAAUUAGUAAACAAUUAAACACAACAGUUAAACAGUUUUAGCUGUCAAAGAAAAUA